GAAGAAGAAGACGAGAAGGAGGAGGGACAGUGGAGCCAGUCAGAGCGGGGACAGGAAGCGGAAACUGAACAAAAACGACUUUUUAAUUUUAAUAAAUGAAAGAAAAACACCUCCAAAUAGUGUAAAAGAGAAAAGCUUCGCCUAUGCGCAGAGGUUCGUUGCUCUCGUUCUUCUCCUCUGUAUUAUAUCUAUUGUAUUGUAGUGAGCUAGGUUAGCCUGUUAGCUUAGCAGGACACAUUGUGUAUGUGCGCGCGCAGGAGUGAACACCAUAAACAGAGACGGAGCUUCAGAGGACAACUUUACUCCAACUCUGUACAACCACGAAAAAACAAAAAAAAACCGGACAUUACAAAACAAACAUACAAACAAACCAGGAAGUGUGAAUGAGCUUCGCUGCUAGCAUCCUACUAGCUCCGCGCAUUGAUUGUUAAUUGUGCUGCUGCUCAGAGCGGGACAGAGGACAGUGUCGGACAUGAUUCCAGACAAAGUCCCGCAGGAGGACGUCUUCCACGGGUCCGAGGACCUGAAGAAGACGGCCCACGUCUGCAGCUUCGAUAAAUACAAGGAGCUCUACAUGAAGUCCGUGGAGAGUCCAGACGAAUUCUGGGAAGACAUUGCCAAAGACUUUUACUGGAAGACCAAACACACGGGUCCGUUCCUCGACUACAACUUUGAUGUGACCAAAGGGGAAAUCUACAUCAAGUGUAUGGAAGGAGCCUCCACCAACAUCUGCUACAACCUUUUGGACCAUAACGUCCACGAGAAGAAGCUCGGGGAGAAAGUGGCCUUCUACUGGGAAGGCAACGAGCCCGGUGAUGAGUUGACAGUCACCUACAGAGAGCUGCUGCAGAAAGUCUGUCAGUUUGCCAACGUCCUCAAGUCUCAGGGCGUAAAGAAGGGUGACCGUGUGUCCAUUUACAUGCCCAUGGUGGUCGAGCUGGUGGUCGCCAUGUUGGCCUGCGUCCGCAUCGGAGCCGUUCACUCCAUCGUGUUUGCAGGUUUCUCUGCUGAGUCUCUGUGUGAGAGGAUCAUGGACUCUCAGUGUUCUCUGCUCAUCACAGCAGAUGGUUUCUAUCGUGGAGAUAAGCUGAUCAACUUGAAGCUCUUAUCUGAUGAAGCGCUGCAGAAAUGCAGAGACAAGGGUUUUCCAGUGAUCAAGUGCAUCAUGCUGAAGCAUUUGUCCAAAGGAGACGACACGUCUCCAGGGUCUCAGUCUCCUCCAGCCAAACGACCUUGUCCUGGCCUGCAGGUGAACAACAAACAACAACACCAACGCUUUGAUGAUCAGGAGAAACAGAGAACACGCCCUGUUCCGCAGGUUCCGUGGAACCCCGAGGUGGACUUGUGUUGGCUCACUCUGGUGGGCGGGGCCUCAGACAAGUGUGAACCGGAGUGGUGCGAGUCUGAAGAUCCGCUGUUCAUCCUCUACACGAGCGGCUCCACCGGCAAACCGAAGGGUGUUCUUCACACCGUCAGUGGUUAUAUGGUCUACGCCGCCGCCACCUUCAAAAUGGUGUUCGACUACCAGCCGGACGACGUGUACUGGUGCACGGCCGACAUCGGCUGGAUCACCGGACACUCGUACAUCACGUACGGCCCGCUCGCCAACGGAGCCACCAGCGUGCUGUUCGAGGGUCUGCCCACGUACCCAGACGUGGGUCGCAUGUGGGCGGUCGUCGACAAAUACCGCGUCACCAAGUUCUACACGGCGCCGACAGCCAUCAGGAUGCUGAUGAAGUACGGCAGCGAGCCUGUGCACAAGUACAAGCGAGACUCUCUGAAGAUUCUGGGCACAGUGGGUGAGCCCAUCAACCCCGAGGCCUGGCAGUGGUACUACACUGUUGUGGGAGAGAAGAGAUGUCCCAUCGUCGACACCUUCUGGCAGACAGAAACCGGUGGACACGUGUUGACUCCUUUACCUGCAGCCACGCCCAUGAAACCAGGAUCUGCCACGUUCCCGUUCUUUGGCGUGGUGCCGGCCAUUUUGAAUGAGUCUGGAGAGGAGCUGGAGGGACCAAGUGAAGGAUAUCUGGUUUUCAAACAGCCGUGGCCCGGCGUGAUGAGGACAGUGUAUGGAAACCAUCGGAGGUUUGAAACCAUCUACUUCCAAAAGUUUCCAGGAUACUACGUCACAGGAGACGGUUGCCGUAGAGACGAGGACGGCUACUACUGGAUAACGGGGAGGAUAGACGACAUGCUGAACGUCUCAGGUCAUUUGCUGAGUACAGCGGAGGUGGAGUCGGCGCUGGUCGAGCACGAGUCCGUCGCCGAGGCUGCCGUGGUCGGCAGACCGCAUCCUGUCAAAGGAGAGAGUCUCUACUGCUUUGUCACACUUAACGAUGGCGUGACGUACAACCGCCAGCUGGAGGCUGAACUCAAAAAACAAGUUCGAGAGAAGAUCGGUGCCAUCGCUACACCAGACUUCAUCCAGAACGCUCCGGGACUCCCCAAGACCCGAUCUGGUAAGAUCAUGCGAAGGGUUCUUCGCAAAAUCGCCUGUGACGAGCGCGAGCUGGGCGACAUCUCCACGCUGGCCGACUCGUCCGUAGUCGAGCAGCUCUUCCAGAACAGACACUGCGCCACCGUGUGACAGAGUCCGAGAUCCUCUCUCCUCACACGGCCGUGUGUCGCCAGCCAAAAAAAAAAGAAAAAAGAAUGCAACCAGGGAGGAAGAAGAAGAUGACGAGGAGAAUGUGGACGAAUGCGGUCUUGUCUCACAAAAACAACGUCUGGCUCCUGAUGAGGACGACACGGCGAGGCCAGAUGUUGUUUUUGGGUAAGGCCGCCCUCUAGUGGACCUGUGGUGGAAGUGGAAGACGCUUCAUCAUAUUUUAUCUUCGUGUUUUUAGCCCAUAAAACCUGCAGAAAUACGUUAACAUGCAAAGUCGCUCUGUCGGAGGUGAAAAGAUGAGCGCCAGCGUCUGAGUGCGUCGCGUCCCAGCACUCAACGCAGGUCAUUAGCUAAUUCUGCUUAUGAGUUCAUUUGUGUUUGUUUUGAAAGGAUCUACAUAUUCAUGUCUUUGUUUUUGGAAGAGAAUUUAAAGGAUUUUAUUUUUCUGUCUGUGAGCACGGAUGUUUAUUUUUUCUGUAGUUUUGUGUUUUCGCAACGUUCGUCUCCAAACUGACUAAAAAUAAUAUUUUGAUCUAAACUGAAAUGUAAACGUGUACGAGAACAUAUUAGAACCAGGUGGUGAUUGGUUGGAGACUUCAUAGAUACUUAAUAAAGGUAAAGUCAAAGGUUUUUUCUUUUUGAAUCGGGAUGUGUGUCAGAGGACACGCGUCACUCCAAGCGAUGACAUUUUUCCAAGUCUACGAUGUCUUAAGAACACGUUCACGUCUUUAUUUCACUGUACGACAGACUUUUCCACCAGGAAACUGAAGUUUGUAAACCACUCACUCUCCCACACCAAAGUCCAUAGAGAAAACCAGUGAUUUUAACAUCACUCACACAGGAGCUAAAAUCCUACAUUUGGAUUUACAAAGUGACCACACGAGGCAGCAGAGGACCAGCAGCUCCUGUGUCACUGAUUUUCUCUGUGGACUUUGGUGUGGGAGAGUGAGUGGUUUACAAACUUCAGUUUCCUGGUGGAAAAGUCUGUCUGACAGUGAGAUAAAGACGUGUCAAUGGUUAUUGCAGCAGAUCACAUGGUUCAGACACGGAGAAGUAAAAACGUUUUGAAGCUUCUGUCAUUUUUAAAUCCGUCUCACUGCAACUUUCACAACUUAACAUAAGACUUUAAUUAUCUGGACAACCUCCUGCUCCUCAUUCACCUGUUGUUCACACGUGAAAAUUCAGUUCAGAGCCGAGUGAACGUUGGAGCGAGCAGCGGAUCUUUGGCAUCUCGUCUCAUCAUAUUUUUUAAGUCUUUUAUGUUAUCUGUUUGUUGCCGUGUGGAUGUCGAUGUGCCAACGUCAGUAACAGCAGAGCUCAGUGCACUACCAUAAUAAUACUGUAAAAAAAAAAUAAAAGAACAAAAUACUGCAGUAGCUUAUUACUUACGGUGUUUUUGUUUGUGUUUAAUUCAGGUGAAGGACAAAUGUUUGUGUUUAAUCUCUGACUGUGGUUUGUUUGUAUCAAAGUGUCUGCGACGACAGUAAAUGGACAUGACUACUGCCUUCAA